AUGUUGAAUGCUGAAAGGAAGUUCAGUCUGUUCAAUGCAUCUGGGAUUGCACCAAUGAGAUUGUUGCUAGAGAAGUCUAGUACCUGCAGGUUUGUGAGAUUGCAUACAGAUAUUGGGAUCUGUCCUGUUAGGGCAUUGAAGCUCAAAUUGAGGGAAACAAGGGAUUUCAGCUGGCCGAUCUCCGAAGGGAUCUCACCAGUUAAUUUAUUGUUGCUUAGAUCCAGCACUUUGGCGAAAGCAAUGGGUAUGCGGUACUGA